GGUGCGUGCGGUCAGGUACGAGCAGCGGCGGCCCCGGAGCAUUUCCCCCCCCUCCCCGGGGACCCGGCGCUCCCCGUCCCCUCCGGGCUGACUGGCUCUGCCCGUAGGAUGCCCAAGGCUAAGGAGUUGGCGGGGACGAGCAGCUCCGAGAGCGGCGCGGAGGAGGAGGGGAAGAAAAGAAAGAAAGAAAUGUCUUCUAAGUCAGAGAAAAUGCUGAAAACAGUGGCUAAACCUUCAAAGAGGACAGAAAAGCCUCCAGGACAAGGCGGUGAGGAGGAGGGCAUGUUCCAGAUUGGGAAGAUGUGCUAUGUCAGAGUGUCCUGCUUCAAGGGAAAGGUCCUCGUGGAUAUCAGGGAGUUCUACACUGACAAGGAAGGGAGCAUGAAACCGGGGAGGAAAGGGAUUGCCCUGUCUGCAGAACAGUGGAACCAGCUGAAGGAGAUAAUUCCUGAGAUCGAUGCUGCACUCAAGAGAUUUUAAGAUUAAGAAUAUUGGACACCUUCAAUCUGUUUCCUUUCCCUCAAGUGCACUGACAACUGUAAAACCCAGGAUUCUCAUCUGGAGCCUUCCCCUCACCUUGCUGGGGUUUCUUUGCUGAGGUGGUGGUCAUACUGAAAAGACCAGAGACUCUUCUAUUUUAAAAAGUAGCUUGUAAUGAGGACCUGGAACUAGAGCCAGUGCUGUGAAGAGAGACUUCAGCACUUCUAGUCUCAAGCAGACUUGAGGUCUGUGCUGGUGAGGGACAUGACCUCAACCUGGUUUUGCAGCGAUGGGUGGCUUCAAGUCUGCCUGGUGGAAUGGUUUAACUGCUCUACAUCUGCUACUGUCUUCCGCUUGGUUGAAUGUUGAGUAAGAUGGUUUGUAUACCUCAUGUAGGCAUCUGUGUUUCCUCCAUAUGUUAUUCUGGCUAUUUCAAGUACUCUUUGUGUUGUUGAGGGUUGUUUGGUGUUUUUUGGUUGGGGUUUUUUUUUUUGAGUGAAGAAAGGGAUUAUUAUACUUUAGCAACUGGUUUGUCUGUAGAGGGUGAAUACGCACAAUAAAUGUGUUUGCAUUAUAAAAAG